CACGUCACUUCGCGAGUCGCACACUGCAGACUAUUUCAAUACGUGGUUUCGUUUACUGGUGGUUGUUUAGCGUGGACUUUGAACAAGGAGGUGCUCUUGACAGUUCUUUCUCUUCCAUUUCUCUUCCACCUUCUUCCUACCCCGAGAUCGAAGUAUCACAACCUAGGACUGAGGACUACGGAUUAAUCUCUUAUCAGAUUUUGAUCACUGAACUUCAAGGAAGAUAGGCAGCAAAUACUUUUUAAUUGAGUACCUUUUUGAGUGAGAAACCCCAGCUACUUCAACUUGAGGAGGACUCACUUCAACCAACAUGGCAGCGUUUGUGGCGAAACAGAUGGUGGGGAACAAGCUAAACGCAGUUAAAGAAGGGGCGGUAGGAGGAGAUGGAGAUAACGAAGAUGAUAAGGAGAAGGAGGAGGAGGCAGAGAGGGAGAGACAGGAGGCCAUCAGGGAGGCAGAGGAGCGCCGAAAAGAAAAACACAGGAAAAUGGAGGAAGAGAGGGAAAAGAUGAGACAGGAGAUAAGAGAUAAGUACAAUAUUAAGAAGAAAGAAGAAAUUCAAGAACAGCCGCCAGAAGAACCUGAAAACCCUCUGAUGCGGAAGAAGAAAACACCCGAAGAGUUAGCGCGAGAAGCGGAAGAAGCAGACCAAGACGAGUUCACUAAGCUGAAAAACACAAUAGAAACGCAAGUGAACGAGUUGAAGUCACAAAUAGAGAGCAAGUGCAGCCUGCAGUGAGUGGACCGGACCAAUGGCAAUGUGGCAUCGUCCUACAUAUCUCGUAGAGUGGACUAAUGUGAAGCUAAUGUCCCAUAUUGAUGUAGUAGCGAUAACAUUGAGCUAACAAGAGACUAGUGGCAUGCUCGAGUGCUAGACAGACCAUUGUUGAACUUUUACAACAGACCGUAUGUUUCUUUUUACAGUUCUCAUUGCAGUUAGUUGCUUUGCCAUGCGUUAGCCAUCUAGAUCGCGCUGGGGUUAGGUAAACGCUUUUGCAACGUUUUGUUGACCAUCCCAGAAUUGGCUGUUUGUUUCUAACUAAAUAGAAUAUAGUGUUACUUACUAGUUUUUAGUCCAUACAUGUCAUUUCGUGUUUUCUUCUGUUUAGGCCCAGGUAUUUAGACUUAUUUAGCAAUUUUAGUAAAACCUUCCGUCUGUUUUAAGUAGUUUAUUUUUUAUUGUAUCUAUAUAAUAAGAUGGCUAAGACACUUUCUAUUAAUUCCUAAAAGGAAACCAAAUUGUUAUUUAAAUAUAAAUAAGCUUUAUUAACUUAAGUGUGUAAGGGCUUACCUUUCAAUUGCUGCAAUUUCCGAACAAUACAUAAAAUUGUGUGGCCGAAUUAUUAACACUUUUGUAAAAAUAUUUAAAAAAUAGUUUCGGUUAAGCGUAACACGUUAUAAAAUUCUAUUCUAGCGAAAAAUUAUUCAGAAUUAAUGAGAUGUUAUUUGUAUAUUAACACACCACACACCAAAUCAGGUAAAUAAACUAAUAAUGCAUAUAAUAUCCGCAUUUUAACACUUUUUACUCGUGAUUCCGUUUAUAGGACUAAACUAGUAAGUAACCAUAACCUUGUAUGACUGUAAAAUUUAAAUAAAACACAUUUUUUUACCUCUUCCAAAGAAAGCCUUAUUUUCUACGACUCUAGAGAAACUAAGUACUUGUAUAAUUGUUAUACUUAACAUAGUUACGGUUAAAUAGUGAUAGUGAAUUCACACAACGAUCACAUUAAAUUCUCAACACUUUUUCUGGAAGGGUUUGAAGAAGGCAUCCGGUUUUAUUUAGCCUCUAACAAAACGGCAUUUAGCUCAAUUGUACAACUUUUCAGUGGUUGUUACGCCGAAAUUUGUAUAAAAGUGUAUGAAAACAAAACGUUAUUGUGAUGACUGUUUGUAAACUAAAAGUCAAAAUCCAAUUUUUGAAUGAAUGUUAAAGAUUAUGUGUGUUUAUAUACAUGGUUAGGGAGACAAUACCAGUCCUUGUUGUUUCCAUUUAUUUGAUGUUUCAAUUUGAAUUUUCUGGAAUUGUACAAAAAUACUUAUUAGAUUAUUGAUUUUUAUAGUAAAUGGAGUGACUCGUUAUUUGAUGUAAGCAACUGUUAGAACCUUGACCAUUGUUAAGCGUAAAACAAUGUAAAUAUCACACUACAAGUCCUUUAACUUAAUGCCAUGCCAUCAUAAACUGCCUGAAUUUAAAUGUAUAUACUGACAAUUUUAUAAUAAAAUAUAUACUCUUUGACCAUUUAGAAUACAACAUAGUCUUCACGUAUAAAAGACGCAGACCCAUUAUUAAUAACAGCUUAGUGAAAAAAACUAUAUUGGAUUACAUUCUUCAGUUGAAUUUUCAAAUUAAAUGAUAUACGUACAAAACCUUAAAGUCAAUGGAUUGGCAUUAAGUUAUUCAAACUUAAACUUGUAAAGUUCUGUUCAGGGAUGUAGAAACGGACCUUUUGUAACAUAGUUGAUGUCAGCUUCAAUUUAAUAUCCGUUUUAUUGUCUCUCUUUUCUAUGUUUAUAGUUGUUGCUACCUAGCCUCAUGAUACGUUAUUUCAUUGACGAAAUAAUAUUGAGGUUCAAUGUCAAAAAGAUUGUGAUACCAAUUUUUAAUUAAUACAAGAGAUGUAACUCAUUGUUAAGAUGUUAAAUGUGUCAAUGUCGCUUAGCUCGCUUCGCUUGCUGUUCUUUGUUUCUUCCACUAAAUCUCCCUUCUGCAGACAGAGGUUCCCCUUUCUGCAUUUUAAACCCAAUUUCUAGAAGGCAUUAUUUAAGCUGUUAACCUGAAAUAUAUGUGAUACUUCUUAAUUAAGAUGAACUAUGAUUACAUUUUCAAAACUGUCGACAUCUCUUGUCCUAUGAAACGUUCUUCUUUAAACGCCUGCACUAAGGUAAAUCAUUGUACGCUUCCUCUCAGCAAAGACCUUCCGUAAAGCAUACUCAUGGGUUUACCUUGCUUUUCGGGGAACCCUCUUUCUGCAUUACGAGGUCUCCUCUCUCUCUUUGCAUGGUCUCUUGAUUACCCUCAAUGUUCAUAUCCAAACGACUUUAUGGUGGUCUUAAAUUUUUACAAGACAGAACACACUUGCUUUCAUUAAAGUUUAGGCAGAGGCUUGUUUAUAAAUUAGUUUUAUGUUUAUUGAAAUAUUUAAGGUUUUAUAGUGUAUUUCUUCGUAUUACUAGUUAAAGUAUAUUUUGUAAAUUGUAUCAGAAAGUAGUUGUAAUUUAUGUUGAUUCAUGAAUAUUUUCGUUUAUAUUCUUACCGGAAGGCUAUGUACCAAGACUUAACACCAACUGUCCCUAUAUAUGGUGGUCGCUUGGCGUCUAUAUUUACAGAUACUCUAGCAUGUUGGUGUAUUUGGUUUUUCUGCACUAGACAUUUUCAUUUAGGACGUUGAUUAGUUUUUGGGCUGAAGUUAGACUAGUGAGGUGGUUAUUACUGAUUUAGUUUUAACUACACUGUUGUUUUGUAAGCAGUUAUUAUGAUCAAACGGUGCUUUCUUAAAGAAUGGGAAUGAAACAAGUUUAAAUUACAGAAGUGUUCAAAGAUCAUUCAACAGGAUGCUUCUAAAUAAUUAGAUUUGAGAUCCUACAUUUAAAAUAAUUUAUAUUAUAUUUAGAAUUUAAUAAUAAUAGAAAACUUUGAUUUCAAUUUGACAAAUAUUUUACCAGAUGACCAUUUGAAAAAUUACCAAACCUUUUACAAUAGCUUAGAUCAAUGGAACAUUUUAUGAGAAGCAUUGUAAUCUGUGAGUGUGGGUAAUAAUAAAGAAUGCAUCUGUCCUUGAUACGUGACAUUAAGUCAAUUACUUAUACAUUAUUAUUGAUAGAGAAAUAUUAAUUAUUAUAAUUAUUUAACAUUAUGUACUUCAAUAUGAUAUUAUAUAUUACGAUAAUGUUUGCAUUCGUGUGGUUUAGAUAUUUAAUUUAAUUGGAAGCCACAUCCAGUUAUAGGCUCCAUAGAUUAGGUUGUGUCUAUAUCGUUGAAAUACUGUAAUUGAAAUAUGCUUUAAAUUUAGUUCCGAUGUUUGUUUAUUGUGUUGGGCUUUUCCGUUUUUAAAUUACUUGCUUGCGUGGGGAAAUAUAUUACGUUGUUAAUGUUAAAGUUUGUUGCUACAUAAAUAAAGCAACUGCAGUAUAACAAUGUUCAGAUUAGUUUCGCCAGUUUGGUUAUUAAAAGUUCAACACGAUAAAGAAACAUGAUCAGUUGUAAUGAGGCGUGAAAGGGACGAAGAAGUGGCGGUAUUUUGUUAUGUAUGCUCUUAUACUGAAUGCUUGUUCUCACGUAAUGUAAGUGAAGCAUAGUUUUCUAUAUCUUGCCAUCCUAACUUGAUGUUGUGUCGGUGUUGUGCGCCCGUCGUUGUUCUCCUAUAGUCUCUCUCAUAGACGCUUAGCUACUCUACUAUCUAACCUCACAAUAUCUCUAUCAGUAUACUUUAUCUUAUCUUAACUUCAAUACUGCAAACUGAUGUAUAUUUUAGGAAACCCAAUUACAAAUAAGAUUUGAUUCAGAGAAGAUUUGGUUGGUGAUUUGUUGUACUACACGAAAAAAGAAACCUUAAUUAUUAUGGUUGGUUCUUUUUGUAAAUUUGGUGAAUUUAUAACAAAAUUGUUCUUUUUUGCUUAAUUUUACUCAUUAGUCCAUGUUAUGGUUUAUAUAUUUUAAGAAUAGAUCGAUGAUGGUGGGAAGUCAUUCUUAACUUUUCACUUAUAUCCUAAGAAACAUUUUCAAUAGCUGUAUAUAGACUAUAAUUACGCAUUGGCUACAAUAUACGUAUUACAUGACUUAUUAAGUGAAGAUUAAACAUAAAAUGUUGUGGUAUAUCACAUAGUGGUGAACUUUAUACUUCUUAGUUUUGUAAUAUAUAAUGCUUGAUACGUCCCUUAACUAAUUAUUUAUAGCCUCAUACACGGAAGACUUCCCAACAUCAUCAACAUCAAGCGUUUCAUCUCCCGUUGUAUAGUGUACAUAUAGAGUUGAAGUUUGAAAUGAAUAGAAAAUAUUUCCAAAGUAGUUUAAGUAGAUAUACAUUGAUUACAUUUUUCUUGAAGUGGAGUUAGGAGCUCAUUCUGUAUAGCAACUGUUACCCUAGAAGAUAUAUUCGUCAAUUGUUACUUUAGAAUAAUCGAGUUGUUGAGUUUUGAUGAAAAGAGUUGACCUGUAAAAGAUUGUUAAUCUGUGAAAAUCCUUUUAUUGGUUAUUUUAUACUUAAGAUGGCUUGUGUGAUCUUUGUAUAAGUCCAAAAUACUGCCAGAUGAAUCUAGCAAUGUAGUUUCGUAUCCGAGUUUAUUUGUGUUUACAUCUUAUUUAGUUAGACCUCGUAUUAAGUUGCUGUAGCACAUCCGAAUAUAGUUCAUGAAGUACAUUUAUUCCAUUUGAGAUAAAUCAAUCAUCCUUUUGUGACGCUUGUAAAGGUGGCAUCAUUAAGCAAUUCAAACCUCCUACUAAACAAUUUACUAGUAUACAAUUGUAACACAGUGUUUAGUAAAUACACACGCAAAACACGCAUGCACUGUUCCACUUUUAUUACUUCACUGUACCCCUCUGUAAAUUUUUAAAAAGCAAUAAGACUUCGGGACGUUUUAGUGAUAUCAAUCAUUUUAGAAUGAAGAGAUUUCAAAGGGUCACCGAUUGAGUAACAAUCAAUACGUGUUCUUAUUGGUCCAAAUAACUCAAUAAUGGCGAUGAUUAUUUUUUGGUAAUAUUUGAUAUGAGAGGUAGAUCGAGCAAGGGCGAGAAUUCUAAACUACACAUUGUCAUCAUUUUGUUGUGUUAGAGGUAUUUAGUACUUGGAGUUGUACAUUUAUUUAUAGGAGCCUGUUGGUAAAUACAAAGUUGUUGUUAACGUAA